AUGGAAACCAAAGUCACACCAUUUCGAUUUCUUGAAUUGCCUCAGGAACUACGAGACAUCGUCUACGAGCAUCUAAUUGAAGACCCUUCUCCCUCAUACCCCCCGACGACGACAUCGCCGGCCAAGGCCCUCUCUUCCCUCUCGUGGAUCUUACCUCAACGCCCGGCACCACGUAGCAGCAACUGGAUCAUGCUCGCGAGCCGUCAGGUGUACCAGGAGUACAUGGAUGUACUUUGCAAGAAGGGGAGAUUCAGUUUUACUGUAGACCAGAACAACCACACCAAGCGCAACCUAUGGCCUAUCCGAGCAGAGACACUCAACAGCGUCCGAAAGUGCGACCUCAGACUCAUCACAACAUCCAAGAUGCUAGGAGCCAUCGACCCUCGCAGCAUGCCGCAGGGAUGGCCUCUCCGGGACAAAAUCUGUGAGACGUUAACUGGUGUGGAGAAAGCGGAGGACCUCAACUUGCAUGUUCGCGCUAUUGGAGAUCCGCUAUGGAAUCCACUUUGGGUCUGGUUCCACGCCUCGCAGGCGUUCAAAGAUACCGGCAAGCUUUGUUUCAACCGCAUCAUGUUCAGUCUCGACACAUGGUCGCCGGGGGAAAACCAUCUAGCUAGGAACGACGAGGGCAACUGGUGUUGGCAAUGUCCUUCGAACCACGUGGUCGCGACUGACCCAGAGCAAUGCAAUGUGCGCGAGUUUUGCUCAGCCUUGUAUGCAGAGUGCGAGGAAUGCCCCAGCCUGAGGGCGUAA